GACAGACUCUGCUUCCGGCCGCGUACGGGAGGCGGGCCGGCUGAGACGGCCGCUUGGCCUCCCUCGUCACUCACCCGCGCGCUCUCUCCCGGCGGCCUGAGGAGGCGGAGGUCGCGGCGGGCGGGCGGAGGCGCUCCUUCCCCGGCGGCGCGGCGGGGGCAGGACAAUGGAGGUGGCUGUGGAGAAGGCGGUGGCGGGCGCGGCGGGCCCGGCGGCGGCCUCCGGGGGGCCGGCGGCGGCGCCGAGCGGGGAGAACGAGGCCGAGAGCCGGCAGGGCCCAGACUCGGAGCGCGGCGGCGAGGCGGCCCGGCUCAACCUGUUGGACACUUGCGCCGUGUGCCACCAGAACAUCCAGAGCCGUGCGCCCAAGCUGCUGCCCUGCCUGCACUCCUUUUGCCAGCGCUGCCUGCCCGCGCCGCAGCGCUUCCUCAUGCUGCCCGCGCCCUUGCUCGGCUCUGCCGACACCCCGCCGCCCGCGCCGGCGCCCGGAUCGCCGCCCGGAGCGUCGCCCUUCGCCACCCAAGUUGGAGUCAUUCGUUGUCCAGUUUGCAGCCAAGAGUGUGCAGAGAGACACAUCAUAGAUAAUUUUUUUGUGAAAGACACUACUGAGGUUCCCAGCAGUACAGUAGAAAAGUCUAAUCAGGUAUGUACAAGCUGUGAGGACAAUGCAGAAGCAAAUGGCUUUUGUGUGGAGUGUGUGGAGUGGCUCUGCAAGACCUGCAUCAGAGCUCAUCAGAGGGUCAAGUUCACAAAAGACCACACCGUCAGACAGAAAGAGGAGGUGUCUCCAGAGGCAGUUGGUGUGACCAGUCAACGACCAGUGUUUUGUCCUUUUCAUAAAAAGGAGCAGCUGAAGCUUUACUGUGAGACAUGUGACAAACUGACAUGUCGGGAUUGCCAGUUACUAGAACAUAAAGAGCAUAGAUACCAGUUUAUAGAAGAAGCUUUUCAGAACCAGAAAGUGAUCAUAGAUACACUAAUCACCAAACUAAUGGAAAAAACAAAGUACAUAAAGUUCACAGGAAAUCAGAUCCAAAACAGAAUAAUUGAAGUAAAUCAGAAUCAAAAGCAGGUGGAACAGGAUAUUAAGGUUGCUAUAUUUACACUGAUGGUAGAAAUAAAUAAAAAAGGAAAAGCUCUACUACACCAGCUAGAGAGUCUUGCAAAGGAUCAUCGCAUGAAACUUAUGCAGCAGCAGCAGGAAGUGGCUGGACUUUCUAAACAGUUGGAACAUGUCAUGCAUUUUUCUAAAUGGGCCGUUUCCAGUGGCAGCAGCACAGCAUUGCUUUAUAGCAAGCGCCUGAUUACAUACCGGUUACGGCAUCUCCUUCGAGCAAGGUGUGAUGCUUCCCCAGCGACCAACAACACCAUCCAGUUUUACUGUGAUCCUAGUUUCUGGGCUCAAAAUAUUAUCAAUUUAGGUUCUUUAGUAAUCGAAGAUAAGGAGAGCCAGCCACAAAUGCCUAAGCAGAGUCCUGUCGUGGAGCAGAAUCCACAGCCACCAGGUGGUUUAUCUUCAAACCAGUUAUCCAAGUUCCCAACACAGAUCAGCCUAGCUCAGUUACGACUCCAGCAUAUGCAGCAACAGGUAAUGGCUCAGAGGCAACAGGUGCAACGGAGGCCAGCACCUGUGGGUUUACCAAACCCUAGAAUGCAGGGGCCCAUCCAGCAACCCUCCAUCUCUCAUCAGCAACCCCCUCCGCGUUUGAUAAAUUUUCAGAAUCACAGCCCCAAACCCAAUGGACCAGUCCUUGCCCCUCAUCCUCAACAGCUGAGGUAUCCACCAAGUCAGAGCCUCCCACGGCCAGUGGUAAAGCCCAACCCCCUGCAGAUGGCCUUCCUGGCACAGCAAGCCAUAAAGCAGUGGCAGAUCAGCAGUGGGCAGGCUGCCCCAUCAGCUGCCACCAGCACGUCCUCUACCCCAUCCAGCCCCACCAUCACCAGCGCAGCAGGCUACGACGGAAAGGCUUUUGGCUCCUCUAUGAUCGAUUUGAGUUCACCAGUGGGAGGGUCUUACAAUCUUCCUUCUCUUCCCGAUAUUGACUGUUCGAGUACUAUUAUGCUGGACAAUCUCAUGAGGAAAGAUCCCAACAUAGAUCACGGCCAGCCAAGACCACCCUCAAACCGAACCGUGCAGUCACCAAACUCCUCCGUGCCGUCCCCUGGCCUCGCAGGGCCUGUCACCAUGACUGGUGUCCACCCCCCAAUGCGCUCACCUAGUGCCUCCAGCGUCGGCAGCAGAGGAAGCUCUGGUUCUUCUAGCAAACCAACAGGCGCUGAUUCUACACACAAAGUCCCAGUGGUCAUGUUGGAGCCGAUCCGAAUAAAACAAGAAAACAGUGGACCGCCACCUGAAAAUUACGAUUUUCCUGUUGUUAUAGUGAAACAAGAAUCAGAUGAAGAAUCCAGGCCUCAAAAUACCAGCUAUCCCAGGAGCAUCCUCACCUCCCUGCUCCUGAACAGCAGUCAGGGCUCUGCCUCUGAGGAGGCUGCCCCAAGGUCAGACGCUCCGGACAGCACAGGAGACCAGCCUGGACUCCACCAGGAAAGCCCCUCCAAUGGCAAGUCCCAGUGGCUGGACACCGCCCAGAAGUCACCCCUCCAUGUUGGAGACACGAGGAAAGAGGACGACCCCAAUGAGGACUGGUGUGCAGUGUGUCAGAACGGAGGGGAGCUCCUGUGCUGUGAGAAGUGUCCCAAAGUGUUCCACCUGUCCUGCCACGUGCCCACACUGGCCAAUUUCCCCAGUGGAGAGUGGAUUUGCACUUUCUGCCGAGACUUAUCGAAACCAGAAGUGGAAUACGAUUGUGAUGCCCCCAGUCACAACUCAGAAAAAAAGAAAAGUGAAGGUCUUGGUAGAUUAAUGCCAAUUGAUAAAAGGAAGUGUGAACGGCUACUUUUAUUUCUUUACUGCCAUGAAAUGAGCCUGGCUUUUCAAGACCCAGUUCCUCUAACCGUGCCUGAUUAUUACAAAAUAAUUAAAAAUCCAAUGGACUUGUCAACUAUCAAGAAAAGACUACAAGAGGAUUAUUCCAUGUACACGAAGCCUGAAGAUUUUGUAGCUGACUUUAGAUUGAUCUUUCAAAACUGUGCUGAAUUCAAUGAGCCUGAUUCGGAAGUAGCCAAUGCCGGUAUAAAACUCGACAGCUAUUUCGAAGAACUCCUGAAGAGCCUCUACCCAGAGAGAAGGUUCCCUACGGCAGAAUUCGGGGACGAGCCAGAAGACAAUCUCAGUGACGACUCAGAUGAUGACUUCGUGCAGCCGCGGAAGAAACGCCUCAAAAGCAUCGAGGAGCGCCAGUUGCUGAGAUGAGCAGCACCGCGGGCACGUGCUGCGUUUUAGGGUGUUUUCUGUUUGCAGUUUCAAGAAACAUUUUGUCAAUAAUUACGACAUUACAAAGAAGAAUUUGUGACCACUCUGAUCUCUAAGUUUUUGAUGUUUACCAGACUUUGAUUUGCUGAAUAACCCAUUUCUUCUAACCUCUUAUGAAAGAAGGAACAAAGAAAGGAAGGGUGAGAGAGAGAAGCAUCAACAGCGAGAUAAAAAGACAUUGUUCCCACUUCUUGGAUUUCGGAAUGGCCAUCUGGGGCAAUAGCUACUAAAGAAAGAAAGUAGACUUUGUAUAAACUCUAAGUUGAAAUCUUACUGUGGUUUGAAUGUGUACGUUAAUCCAUUUUUUAGAAAGUUAAUACCACUACCCGUUAAUGAUGGCCCGACUCUGAGUUAGGUGUGUGGGACUGAGGAGCGGUACUCCAUGGACGUGAGUGGUGUGAGAGUUUUAUCCCGGGAUGCCAAUGGGCGCCAUGAAAGGCUAGAUUAGAUGCUACCAAGAAGGCACCUAAUAGUAUAUCAUGUAAGAUGGCAACUGUAUUAAAGAAAAAUCAGGAAAACAAACGUUUGAUUUUUGUUUUUGUUUCUAUCUUGUCUAUGAGGUGUUUCGUAGAGUAGGUUUUCGAGGCUGUUUUUUGUACAUUUCUAAAGCUAGACUUUCUUCAGCUUCUUCCCUGGAGGAAGUCAGUGUCCACACAUUUGGUGUUGCUGUGUUUCUGUGUGGUUGGUUGAUUGGUUGGGCUUUAGCUGUGUAGGUGGUCCUUUCACCAUAAGCAUCCCUGUUUGCAGCAUGACUUUUGGUGGAGCCACCCUAAAUUCCAGAUGCAGCCGUGGGCGCCGUACUUGCUGUGAGGGUUCUUCAUCAGAUUCCCUUUGGACAUUAAAUGUCAGUUCCCCUGAAAGGAGCUAGUUUCUGUGACUUUCAUCUGCCUUUAUAAUUUGAAAUGAAAAUGUGUUGUGGGAUUUGGGAGCAGGCAUUUGGGGGGAAUUACAGUGAAAAUUAUGCUUUGUCUGAAGCAUCUAUUUCCUGUUUUAAGAGUCGGAAUUUCAAAUUGAACCUUUAGUCUGACUUGAUUCUGAGUUUCAUUCUUCCCGAUACAGACACAAAAGGCUCAUCUUCUGAGGGCAGGCCCGUGCUUCAGGGGCCCGGCCCAGCAAGUGUAACUGACUGACACGUGUCCCUUGUCACUUAGUGCUUUCCAGGAUCAUGAACUGUCAAGGAAGGGAACUAGAUUAGGAGAGGAGAAGACAAUUGCGGUGCCAUUUGCUAAUCAAACAUGUGACCAAAUAUUUACACAUGGAUAUUUUUAGUUUGCCAAAGGAAACCUUUAUAAAACAUUAAUGACUGAAGGAAAUUUCUCUCUUCCGGCUGAUAGAAUAGAGCUGACAUGAAAGACUGUUAGCCUUUGGAUCGUCUCAUCUCCCGUGAAUUCGUUGCAGAGGAGUUGCUCUUACCCGUGUGGCAUUACUUCUUAAAAUGGACAACUUGAUAAUAUUCUGUGACUGAUUCACUGGGUUUUCAGGUAUUGCUGAAGAUCAGGUAUAAGGAGAAGAUAACUUAUUAGCAAUUGUUUCCCACUUUCUAUUUAGUCUUAAGGCUUGCCCAGUAGGUCAACUAAGUAUUAACUCUUAAAGUCUCAGUCACUUUUCCAAAUAUGUGUUGUUUCUCGUUAUGCUGUUUUGAAUAUGCGUUUGACAUCUGUUCUCCAAAGACUGUUUGAACAAAUUUUGGUAACAAUGCAUAUCACUUAUAUAUACCUUUAAAUUGUCUUUUUUUGCUCAAACAUUUUUAGCACGGCAGCUGUAGACCUUUUGCUAAUAACUUUAUUGUUGGUAUCUUAGAAUACUGUUUUUCUGACAAUUUGUUCUUUCAGACUUGUCUCUGAGUUAAAACAGAGCAACGCAAAUAAAUUAUUUUGAGGACCAUCACUAAAGGAGGUAGAAGUUAAGAGAGGAAAAAAUGCAAUUUCCUAAAUGGGACUGAGCCAGAAUUUCUGCCAGUACCCAAAACUGUCACUACUAUAUUCAGUGCCGUAUGACAUUUUUUAAACAGUAUACCCGUUUCACCUUCACCACUUUUGCUGACUGAAAGGCAGUUGAGAACCAUCCUUCCUGCAGUCGUGUGUGAUAUAAAUUACCAUGGUGAAAGUAAGUGUCUUGGGUUUCUCUCUCCAAAUAGCCUUUUUGUAAUGGUCUUUAAGAUUAAAGUCCUGUGACUUUAUUAACAAGUACCCAUGCCUGGGUGAACCCCAGCAAAGUAGUCCUUCAAUUCUGAUAGAAUCUAGAUCUAGAGCACAUUUCCCAGAAAGUUCAGGGCCAUUAAGCAAUCCUGACCUAAACUUGACCGCCCCAUAGAUUUUGGACUAAGAGCCCCUGUUACCGUGUCAUAGCUGCAGGCCCCCCAUUGCUGAAUAUGACCACACCUUGGCCAGG